CACAACACAUUGGCUUACGACAAUUUAAAAAACCAAAGCAUAUUCGCACUCAAAGGACGGAUUAACGAAUUUUUGAUAAGAGGAGGGAGAUAAUGUCGCGUCGUUCGAGCAGGAAAUCUGCCAUUGCUUCGUACGCCGCGACACCAGAUAUUGAGAAGGCGGUCGCCGAGAUUGACGAGGCCGUGAGUGAAGAGACGGAAGUCAAGAAACGGGGCGGGAAAGCGGUGGUGAAGAAAGAGGCCACAACAGCAGCAGCGAACGGCAAGACUGAAGCUGCAAAGACCAGUAAACCUACCGCUUUGAAGAGAAAGCAAGAAGCGGAGAUCUCGCCGCCGCCGACAAAGAGGAAGAUCAAAGACGAAGACUCAGACGACGAGAAGAAGAUUGUAGAGAAGCCUGCGAAAAAGGCAGUCAAGAAGCGGAAAACGAAAGAGGAGACUGAAAACGACGCUAUGCCUGUCGCUGCACGCACUGCUGUCACGACGCUGAAGAGGAAGAUGUACAUCGGCGCGCAUAUCAGCGCUGCAGGAGGCGUCCAAAACUCCCUCCCCAAUGCCCUCCACAUCGGCGCCAACAGCUUCGCGCUCUUCCUAAAAUCGCAACGCAAAUGGUCCUCCCCCCACCUCUCCGCCAGCGCAACCUCCAACUUUCUCUCCCUCUCCAAGACCCACUCCUACGACCCAGCCCGGCACAUCCUCCCCCACGGCUCCUACCUCGUCAACCUCGCGCAAUCCGACCCCGAGAAGGCGGAGCAGGCGUAUACGUGUUUCCUGGAUGACUUGGCGAGAUGCGAAGCACUGGGCAUUGGGUUGUAUAAUUUCCACCCCGGGAAUACGGGGGGGCAGUCGAGGGGGGAGGCGGUUGGACGGAUUGCGCGGAUGUUGAAUCGCGCGCACAAAGCGACGAAGUCCGUCGUGACGCUGUUGGAGAAUAUGGCAGGCGCCGGGAACGUAAUCGGUUCGCGGUUUGAGGAUCUGAGGGAUAUUAUCAAAUUAGUAGACGACAAGAGCCGCGUGGGUGUGUGCAUAGACACCUGCCACGCCUUCGCAGCCGGCUACGAUCUCCGCACCCCCGAAGCCUUCUCCAAAACAUUGAACGAAUUCAACGACAUCGUCGGCCCGUCCUACCUCCGCGCCCUACACCUCAACGAUUCCAAAACCCCCCUCGGCAGCCGCCGCGACCUGCACGCCAACAUCGGGACUGGCUUUCUCGGGCUGCGCGCGUUCUGGAAUGUGGUUAAUUACCCGGGGUUUGAGGGGCUGCCGAUGGUGCUGGAGACGCCGAUAGAGAAGAUGGUGGGGGGGAAGAAGGUGGGGGGGGAGGAUAGGGGGGUGUGGGCGAGGGAGAUUAAGUUGUUGGAGGGGAUGGUGGGGAGGGAGUGGGGAGAGGGGGAGAGGGAGGUGGAGGUGGGACUGCAGGAGGAGGGGAGGGAGGAGAGGGAGAGGUGUGGGGGGCAGGUGGAGAGGAAGGCGCAGAAGGCGUUGGAUGGGAUGUUUAAGAAGGGGAAUGGGAAGGGGAAGAAGAAGGUGGAGGUGGAGACGGAUGAUGAGAGUGAGGGGGGGUGUAGUCAUUGAUGGGUUUUGGGGCUGAGAUGCGAGGGGUGUGAAGGGCAAAAGGCGUUGGGUGGAAGGUAUCGGGAUGCAUACCUAUGUAUAGAUAUAUACUACAUUAAUAAGAAAACCGGAAUCAGAAG